AAAUUAUUUUUUGAGGUUAUAUGAUUAUUGAAGUUAGUAAAUUUCUGUACGUGGAGUUGGCAAUAGUCAAGAUUGACGCAAAAAUAUUUGCGAACUUCUUUUCGAUUAUUGCGUUUUUUUAUUAAAAAUUUUAUGUUUUACAAAAAUAAACAGGUUAUGCCAUCAGCUGAUUAAGUGAUAACAAAAAAAAUAAGUUGCAAUGUAAUAGUUGAGUAAAAUGCUUUCGACAUAAACCACGACGUAAAAAAAUCAUUACAAUGGAUGUAGCAAAGGGUUUUGGAUCAGCUGUUUUUUGGGGCGUUUGCGAUAGUUUCAAGGGGUUUUACAUACUAUUUCGUUUAGAUAAAGAAUUAAAUAAGAGAAGGCUCUCUAGGUUAUCACCCACACAUUCAAGUUCGCCAAUUCGUCGACGACAAUCAGAAUCGCGUGAACAAACUCCUAGUAGAACUUUGCAGAAACAUGAGGAAUCAACAGUUAUGUCGAGAGUAUUCCAAUGUGGUUUAUUAAACGGUGCAAUAUUUUUGCUCAGUAUCCUUUUGUUUGAAUAUGCAUUCUUGCCAACUAUGAAAAGAGUGAUUUUGCUCAUUUUCGGGAAAGACUCACCAAAUGCACAAUCAGUGUGGUUUUGGGUGGAGUUGAUUCUCACUAUUACAUUUCAAACCAUUUGGGUUGUCCCAUUAUUUGCUAUUUCAAAAUUUAUAAACAAUUUAUGGUUUCAAGAUAUAGGACAAUCAGCUUACAAGUACAGUAGGGGUAGAUCAAACGCCUCUCUAAGUCUUAGCAAGACAGUGGCAGAUUUUAUAUUUAGUACAGUGGUAGAAACACUUUUCUUAAUUCAAGCACUUGUCAUGACUUAUAGCCCCAUUUAUUAUCUAGGAUAUGGCUUAUAUUUAAUUCAUUUAUGCCUUUUAUACUCACUGUAUGCUUUUGAGUACAAAUGGGGCGAAAUGGGUUGGGAAAUUCACAAAAGAUUAACUUGUAUUGAGACGCAUUGGCCGUAUUUUAUUGGAUUUGGAUUGCCUCUUGUAUUGCUCACACAAAUAUCAAAUUCGUGGAUAAUUAAUGGCUGCAUUUUUUCAAUGUUGUUUCCAUUGUAUAUAAUUAGUGCAAAUGAAGCAAACCCUGCUGUGGAAUCUUGUUCGCGUAUUAAAAUUUUUUCACCAGUGAUCGCAUUAUCCAACACUUUAUUUAGCCUUAUAGGCAAAGAAAAAAAAAUACAGAUCCAUAGACCAGCAGCCCCCAGGAGAUGAUCUAUGCUGAUAACACUUUUUUACCGGCCUAGAUAUAGGGAAUAAUUGGAAUGUUUGAAUUUAAACAUUGUGACUUUUUUGUUUGUUAUUUUUUAAUUACAAGAUGUGAUUGAUUUUUUA